AUGUCUACCGGGCGCAAGAUUGGCAAGAGAGCUUGUGACGCGUGCAAGAUCCGCAAGAUCAAGUGCACCGAGGUCCCGCCCUGCCACGGCUGCGUCGCCAUCGGAACCGCCUGCACCUUCAACAAGGUCCCUGCAACCCGGGGCCCCCGGAACCUGAGAGCGAAGACAAUCCGGCAGAUUGCUCAGGCCCAACAACAAGAGAGUUCCGGUCCCGGUCCCGGCCCUGCCCCGGCCUCCGCCGGCGAUGGGACUGACAGCACCUCGCCUACCGGCGCGCCGCCAACGGGCACCUCGCCGUCAAGGUCCCCGUCUUCGUCCGAGGACUCGUCUGACGGAGGAGGCUCCACUGGAAGCCAAAGAGUUGUCCGGCAAGAGGAUGCUGUUGCUGCUGCUGUCCAAACCCCGAGGACCCCGAUCCCGUCACUGGUACUGAGAUUAUGUGUUUACCGCCUGCGACUUUUCCCAGUAUGGCCCAUCAUCGCCGUCGAGGAGAUAAUGGCCUCGCUCCACCGUGAUGCCGAUGAUUUGGAGUCAUACGUCUUGGCCAACGCCGUUGGGGCUGCAACGAUAUCACAGCUCAAGCUGUCCACGACAGACAACAACGAUCCCGCGACGGCGGGGUCCAUGGAGGCGGAAUGCCAGCGCUCGCGGAUGGCGCUGCAGGAACGGCAGGGCGGCCCACCCAUGAACCUGAAUUGGUUGAGGACGUCCUUCUUUCUUCAUGUAUAUCACGAAAACCAGCAGCCGGGUGGGGCCAAGUCCCUCCUUUACCUGCGGGAGGCCAUCACUCUAGCCCAGAUCAUGGGGCUGCACAAGGAGUCGUCGUACAUGAGUCUGCCUCUCUCAGAGCAGCAGAUGAGGCGGAGGAUAUUGUGGUUGCUGUUCGUCACGGAAAGGGGCGUAGCAAUGCUUCACAAGCUGCCGGUCGUGCUCAAGUCCAACAUACGCUUCCCCUCCCUGGAUGGGUCUGGCGUGGGAGAGGACGAGGGACACAUCCUGCCGGCUUUCAAGAAGCUCGCCAACCUGUUCUGGAUAUUUGACCAGAGCGGCGCCUUUGACAUUCUUCAAAACUCGGACGAGGAAGAUGCCAUCUGGUCCAUGGCGGAUGGCUUGCAGACGGCCAGCAGAGCCUGCUUGGAUGUUGUCCAAAGGAAGCUCCAAGAAAUACCCCUGGAUGCCGACGCUAGCAGCGAUGUUCAGCGCGCCGAUAUCGUCGUCACGCGCCAGUGGAUGCAAGCGGUGUUGUGGAAGGUUACCAUGAACCAUGGUCGAGCUUGGCCGUCCUCUUCGAACCAGAACGUGACCUCCCUCUCGCACCCCAUCCAGAUCGCAAAGGAGUUCCUUCAACUCAUAUCACAGCUGCCAAGCACGGCCAUCGAGGCCCAUGGCCCUGGAAUAGAGUUCAAGAUUUAUGAGAUCGCCAGCGCAGUGACCGAUGCCGUCGCAAACAACUUUCGGCUUCCGCGGGCUUCGACCGACGGCCCAAGAGACAUUCUUUUACAACUGCAAAGGGUGCUGGCCUCCUGCCGAGGAGGCAACAAGGCCCUGCUGGAGAUGCUCUGCGCUCGCAUCGCCGAGGUCCAAGACGGUCCCCUGAUGAUCAUGAACAGGAACCCGUCGCCCAGAGUCCAGGAAGUGGAUGACGAUCAAUGGCGAGAGGAGCGCAGCGCAGGAUCCAACGGUUCGCCGUCCAUGUUCACCCCGAUCGACGGCGUCUCAGACGCCGCCGCCGCUUCAGCCUACGCCCAAGCCCAGGCGCAAGCAAGCUUCAUGGCCAUGCUCGACAAAGACAACUCGAUCCAGGGGCUGGGCAACGGCACGGCACCCGACCCAAUGUCGCCCCAGCGGCAGAACAUCGACCGGGCCAACAUGUGGGAUCAGUCUGCCCAGCUGGGCCCCGGCGCGCACGAUCUCAUUGGCCAGUUGCAGAACUUUGAUGGCUCUUUCAACACGGUCGAGUCGAACGGCACCCUAGACAUGCUCUUUGCAAACGGAGCGUUAUGGGACAAUGUCGCGAGUGAUGACUGGAUGACGUCGGUGCAGAAUAACACUGGCGUGUUCGCCAGUCCAACGCAAGCCUCGACAAAUUUCAAGAGGCCAUACGAGUAG